AUGUCCGGCUGCAUACACACUGAUGGUCGUCAUUGUGCGAUUCGCUUGGCAAAGCGUAUGGGGGAGACCCACAAGCUACAAGUUAAUCGUUGCCUGUUCAUCAGGCGAGCACCCACUAAUCUCAGGAUAACGACGACGCCGGAUGGCAGUGUUGUCAUGGUUUCCUGGGAUUAUGACCAUGAAUGUGCUGUGGCCGAAUUCACCGUUACUGUGUACGAUCCGAACAAUGUGAUUGUGAACACUUUGGAGACGAGUGAACAAGAAAUUCGACUUCACGAUCUGCCUAAGGGUGUGGCCCUGACUGUUGGUGUUCAAGGACAUAACGCAAUUGGUUCGGGUCCAGAAGUAAUCGGCAAACAAACAAUCAUACUGACGGAUCUGGAAGCCUUACGUGCUGUCUCUGGACGGGUGUCCCGUGACCAACCACAGUCGGGUCCCGCGUUGACUCCGAUGGGCAGGGUCGAACGCAGUCCACCCGACAGCCCUCGCCCUAUUCAAACAAACGACCGGUUGAAUUCAUGUGACUCACCGGGUGCCGGGGUUUGUCUGCAACGAAGAAGUGAAACAAGCGGGGAAUCCGACCUGGGAGGCAACUUCCCAGAACCUCCGAGCAAUGUGGCCCUGCAAAUAGACCGAUGUAAAGGAGUGGUGACGGUUUCGUGGACACACAGCAAUGCAACCAGCUUCACAGUGAAUUUCUAUAGUGAACUGGAGAUUACAAUGGAGAAGAGUACGCAAAGAAAAACCAUGACCUUUGUAAACUUACCAAGAGAUCUUCCUCUGCGCAUUGGGGUUGUGGCAAACAACGAAUACGGAACAAGUUUAGAAGCCCCAAGUGCUGAAUUCUACAUACUUUCCUGGGUAAGAACUUACCGUAUCAUCGAGAAAUAUAAUCAUUUGCAAAUCAAUUUGGUUUUCACGAGAGACUCAACUGAAUCUCUCGUUUAUGAUAUUCUACAACUGAAUGUGCUGCACACAAGCCGCCUCAUGCUCCAGUUGGCACGAUAUUCGGGAUAUCGCAGUAUGUUUUCACAAACCACUCACAAGGUUGCUGUCGAAGAGUUUUCAGCAACCUUGUUAAGGAGUCUACAAGUUAAUAUGUUACAGUUUUUGGAGUUUUAUGGGGUAAGUAUUUCGUUCGUAGUCACACCACUCUCGUCUGAACGGCCGUCUUCCUGUUCUGGCGUAAUUAUCUCGAGCUCAUCAGCAGUGCAUAUCCAGUGGCCGUGCCGGGAUUCGGACCCCGGACAUCUGACAUGCGAGGCGAGCGUGCAACCACUACUCCGCCAACGCACGCUGGACAAAUAUGAAUUUCCACGUCUGAACAGGCGAACGUGUUCACAUUUGAGCGAUGUGACUGGUGUGCCCGACUCAUCGAACGACGACCCAGUAACUGUCCUGGUUGUGACGGUCGAUUGA